UUAAAAGGUUUAUUGAAAAAAUACAGGAAGUGACGCAAAAACACAAUAUGGCAGCGAUGGUGAUAAACUUGUUUUUCCGCAUUUCAUUUUGCAGGCAUUAUCGCUGCAGAUAUAGGAAGAAAACAUCACCCAAACGCAAAUUACUUGAUAACUAAAUCACUUUAGCUGCAUUAAACUAAUUACUUCGUAGUUAGUAACUCUGAAUAUAUCGUAGUAUUUAAUCCAUGGUAACUGUUGCCUGCAAGCAUAAUUAGGGUUGCAUUUGUACUGUUUGGGUUACGCAGUAGUAUGUUGCGAGUAUUUAUGUAGUAUGAGGAAACGGUGAAUUACAAUGUUAGUUUACAUGACGUGAUUGAGAGACCGCAAAUAACAUGGCAAUCGUGAGGAGGAUCCACGCGUGGUCGUCUUUCUUGCACCGAGUCCGUGCACGCAACAGCCGGGCAGUAGCAUCAGUGCCCCCAGCGUGGACGAGCUGUCUUCCAUUGCACGGAGAUGCCCCCACGCCGCAGUGCAGCAGAGCGUUUGGCCUCUCUCGCUCCAUCCUGAGGCGCUCGGACGACUUCACUGAAGGCACAGGUUUCACAGAGCAGGAAGAUGAUGAGGAUGAAGACUCGAUGGAGGAGGAGGCGGACGAGCUGUUUCGGGAGUUGCAGCCUGCCACGACCCUUACAGGUGGCCCGCAUCGGAUCUUUGUGGUCCACCCUGAUGUGAAGUGGGGAAGCAGGAAGCAACACCUGACCACAGCCGAGCUGAUGAUGGCGGAGGCGGUGGCGCUGGUCAACACGCUGGACAAGUGGUCCGUGGUGGAUCGCCUCAUCCUGUCCACCAAGACCCCAGAGAAGAGGAAGAUCUUCGGCAAAGGAAACUUCCAGAUGCUCACGGAGAGAAUCAGACGGACAGCGGGCAUCACUGCCGUUUUUGUCAACGUGGAGCGCCUGUCGCCAUCGUCAGAGAGGGAGCUAGAGGAUGCGUGGGGGGUGAAGGUGUUGGACCGAUACUCACUGGUGCUUCAUAUCUUCCGCUGUAACGCCAAAACCAAAGAGGCUAAGCUACAAAUCUCGCUGGCCGAAAUCCCUCUGCUAAGGUCACGUUUGAAAAAUGAAUUUGUCAACAUGGACCAGCAGGGCGGAGGCAACCGGUACAUCGGAGGAUCGGGCGAGACGCAACUGGAGGUCCAGCAAAGGGUGUUGAGGGAGCGUGAGAUGAAGAUUCGCACGGCGCUGGAAAAGCUGAGCAGGAAGCGGCAACUGCUUCGAACCCGUCGGAAGCACAAAGAGUUCCCCGUCGUCUCUGUGCUGGGAUACACCAACUGUGGCAAAACAACGCUGAUCAAAGCGCUGACGGGCGACGCGGGGCUGCAUCCGCAAGAUCGGCUUUUCGCCACGCUGGACGUGACUGUGCACGCGGGCCUGCUGCCCAGCCGGGUCACCGUCCUCUACGUGGACACCAUCGGUUUCCUUUCGCAGCUGCCGCACCAGCUCAUCGACUCGUUCGCCGCCACGCUAGAAGACAUCAAGCACUCGGACGUGUUAGUUCACGUACGGGACGUGAGCCAUCCGGAGAACGUCAACCAGAAGGCCAACGUAUUGAACGUCUUGAGGAACCUCCGAGUGCCAGACGCACUCAUGAGCUCCAUGAUCGAAGUCCAUAACAAGAUUGACCUCAUCGACAAUUAUGAAUGGACGGAAACCGACGCCCUGGCCAUCUCGGCCCUGGAAGGGCGUGGUCUGGAGGUUCUGAAGUUAACAGUGGAAGAGCGCGUGGUGGCCGCGACGGGCAAACGUCUCGUCAGCCUGAAAGUGGACCUCAGUACACCGCAGCUCAGUUGGCUGUACAGGGAGGCCGCCGUGCAGGACGUCAGCGUGGACGCCGACGAGGGCUCGGCCGUCGUUCAGGUGGUCAUCGGUAACGCCGCGUACGGGCGCUACAGGAAGAUGUUUGGCUAG